AUGAACCCUCCUAAAGGUGAAAAUGGCAAUGGUAAUCACAAUCCACUUCACCAUAUGUUACAAAUGGCGCGAAAGCCAGCUGUUCUAGUUUCUCCUCGUCGUCAUCUUUCCGACUUGCUUUAUGUAGAACAUUACGAAAAUGGUGGAGGCUAUGUCCUUCAUGCCUAUGCUCAUGAGUUAGCACAUCUUACAAAAGAUGAAGUUUCAAUUCUCACAAAAAAAUUUUUCAGAUCACUAUUUACUGAACGUCAGAAGAAAGGUAUCUCCGUACCAUUCUCAUACUUUUGCAUUGGAAUUGUUCAUGGCGCUGCUAAACACAUGCCCGAAUUAGUUAAUCAUAUUGGUAAACAUCAUUCCAAUCUCAUCGUCUCAACUAGUCCACUUGAAACCAAAAAUGCCUCCUUUACGAUCACUGCCGAAGAAUUCUCUGAGAAUGCUUUCCGCACUUAUAUCAAUGGUUGUUACCGUUACGGUCCAAUGCAUGCAAUCAGUUUGGUGGGAACUAAGGGUGAAGAAAGAGGGAAAUUUUGUGAUGAUAUUCUGGAGAUGAUUGCUAGAGAUCCUUUCCUUGGUUUGGUUCUCCCGUGGGGAAAGUUGUCAUCUCUUUGUUCGAUGGACCCAAAGCAAAGUAAUGAUGGACCCAUCCUUUGGGUCAGACCUGGUGAACAGGCUCUACCUCUUCAUGGAACCUCUAAGAGUAUAUACAAGCUGCAAGAAGGAAUAUCCAAAGAUUGUAGUGACUCCAGCUUGGUUAACGCAUCUAUGCGUGUUAGUAAGAUUGCUUUUAUGCGGAAAGCAGUCAAUGUUUUACUCGGUACAUCCACCUCAUCUCGACUGAGCAAUCCUCGCCAAAUUCUUAUUCCAGAUCGGACUCCAUGCCAUGCAGAUCAUGCAGAUGAUGGAUUACUACGCCACACAACUGCCGCAAUAGGUCUACUAAAGGCGCUGCAUCUACCGAAACGCCUGCGAACAUCGUCAAAGGAGGAUAAUAGCAAUGAGCUCUCAAAGGUCCAAGAAGGGAAUGAGGGGAAUCCCUACACUGAGGACUCGGUUUCUGGACGUAUCGUCAAGGACGCUGUCGUGUUCGACCCAAGACACUACUGGGAUCUUGUUGAACGACUGGGUCUGGAUAUUAUGGAGCCUCCAGUUAGUCAGUGUGGCAACUUCUGGGCAGACGAUGGUGAAUUGAACCUCCUUCGAAUGGAGGGCUUCCGAUAUGCUCGAGUUCCACUUCGAGACAAUGAUAUCUACUUUCUUCCUCGCGGUGUUGUCCAUCAAUUCAAAACAGUCUCAGCUGGAACUAGUAUAGCAUGGCACACACGACUCAAGAUGUACUAUCCGCCUGACUCCUCACCUAUUCCGUCAACUUCUUCUCCGCACCAAGUUGCUGAAGCGCCUACCCUCCUUCAAACCUCCCCCUUCAUUACUGCCGCCGCGAAUGAGGCUGCUAUUCACACGGAAAAGGCUUGGCUUCGAACCCUUAAGCGUUCAGCAUCUCAGAUGAGCAGCCCUACCCCCUCUCUACCCGAGAAAAUGAGGAAAUAA